AUGGCGGUCUCUCGCAAUGGCAGCAGUAAUACCGCUCACGUCAAUAUGAUGACGGACAGCGUUAUCGCGAACCUACCACCUGAUGGUCUGAGAGUUAUCAUCCGCUCACUACUGGCAUCUCACCCUAAUAUCACUACCAGCUUUGAAGAUGCAACGCGACAAUACCUUGCCCAGGCCCAGACCAAGUCGUCAAAGUCCCAGUUUGCCAGUCUUGAUAUUGGGGGAUUGGAAAAAGCCCAGAAGAUAGCUCGCUGUAUGCUUGGGUCUGGGCAAGCUUUCGAUGGUGUUUCUAUUCUCGACAAAUUGGUUGUUCGCGGUAUUCAGAUCGCUCUUGGCUCACCAGAAACAGAGAAACAGAGGGUCGAGUCACUCCUGGCUUCUUUGGAUGGCGAUUUGGUCCAAGCAAUGACGGCGGUGACAAAGAAGCUUGCUGUGAGCUCGGGGGCACGAGAGCUGUCUUCGAGAGAACAGGGCAUCAUUCAAGGACUGUUCGAGUCUCUUGCUCAGUGUCAAGAGAUGCUGAAAGACACAGGCAUAGAAUUUCCUUAUGAAAGGGGGACGCUCACGACGGCAAAGAUCUUGGGCGUUGCUUUGCCGGACUCGCAAGAAACAAGAUUGAACAAGGUGCCUUCGAAUAUUGCACGGCCUCAGCCCGCUAAUGAAACCUUCCAACUCGGUGAUAGAACACUGCCUCGCAUUUUCUCAGGCCUAUGGCAGAUGUCGAGUCCAGCUUGGGGCUCUGCACAAAUGUCUGAAAUCAUCAAGGGAUUUUCGACGCAUGUUCAAACUGGAUUUACUGCGUUUGAUAUGGCAGACCACUAUGGUGACGCUGAAGUUCUCUACUGGGAUAAUCCCCAGUAUAUCGACGCGCUACAAUAUUUGGCAGAAGAUAAACGAGUGGCCCGAAUUGGUCUGUGUAACUUUGAUACAGAACAUCUUGAGCGAGUCGUCGAAAGCGGUGUCAAGAUAUAUACGAACCAGGUCCAGUGCGGUGGAUUCAUCGCAGACAAGUGGCUCAAUCAACCAGAACCUGAUGUCUACGAUAUCAGCAUUACUCCCAGCCAGAGAAAGUACUACGGAAUGAUAUGCAGCUGGGGCGGCUGGGAUCUCUUCCAAGAGCUACUUAGCGUCCUACGCACCAUCGCGACAAAGCACAAAGUGAACAUCUCCAACAUAGCUACGCGCUGGGUCCUAGACUUUCCUUAUGUCGGUGCAGUCAUUAUUGGCGCAAGGAUCGGUAUGAGUGAGCAUACGAGCGAUAAUGCUACUACUCUGGGCUGGAGGUUGGAUGAUCAAGAUCGCCGGCUGAUUGAAGAGGUUUUGGAGCGGAGUAACAGAGCCGAGAUGUUUGAGACCAUGGGCGAUUGCGGUAAUGAAUACCGAUGA